CACUCGCAAGUCGCAUCGCAGCCAGCUUCAUGCGGGGGCGAUGGCUUCGCGGCCGCUCGCUCUUGCUCCUGCUCCGGCGAGCCUUCCUCCUGGCAGCCGUCUCCGCCGCCGCCCUGUUCCUCCUCCACCACCAGGCGCCUACACCCUUCAAACCCCCCUCUCCGUCCCUCCCCUUGGCCAUCUCGGAAGAGCUCUCCGUUGAGCCGCCUCCCCUCUCCGCCUUCUCGGAAGAACCCUCCUUUGACCCGCCUCCCGUAUCCGCCUUCGAUGUUGAAGCGCCUCGCGAGACCGUGGGAUCGGGGAAACCGGCGGCCGGAGAGGCCGGCAGGGCUACGUGCGCGACGGUGGAGAGGAUGGGGGAGGUUGCCGCCGGCGGGGCGUCCACGGAGGCCGCCAGCCUCCGGGUUCGCGAGCUCAUCCGGCGCCACUUCCUGCUCCACGGAGCUGCGAGAGUCAGAUCGCUGCCUGCGCUUGAAUUCUGCAGACAAGGCUUUGUGUUGGGGAAAGCAUCUGAAGCUGGGUUUGGCAAUGAGAUGUACAAGAUACUAACAGCAGCGGCUCUGAGUGUUAUGUUGAACCGGUCCCUGAUCAUUGGGCAAACCAGGGGAUUAUAUCCUUUUGGACAGUACAUUUCUUAUACCGACCACUCAUUUACUAUUGGAGAAAUCAAGCAUUUAUGGAGGAAAAACCGAUGUGCCCAAACAUAUGGUAGAGAUCUGAAUGUCAGGGUUGAUAAUUUUGAAAAUCCAUCAGAGACGAAUGUCCUUUGUAGUGACUGGAAUAGCUGGAAAGAUCCAAUCAUCUGGUUUGAUGGCACAACUGAUGCAGUUGGGGUACAGUUCUUUCUGAAAAAUAUUCAUCCCAAAAUCAAAACUGCCGCGUCAACACUUUUUGGAUCCCUGGGCUCGUUACAUGCCCGCCCUAAUACAUUUGGGGAACUUAUGCGAGUAAUCAUAUCUCCCUCCCAGACAGUGGAGAAAGCAGUUAAGUGGGCAUUGAACGGUUCAAGUCCAGAUAUUGUCCUGCACAUGCGGAUGAUGGCCAAUAGGCCAAUACGAGCAAAAACUGCUGCAGUUAGUUGCAUUCACAGAGCUAUACAGAUUUCUCGUUUGAAAAGGACACCUCGGGUGGCAUUGAUCUCAGACACUCCAUCAUUUGUUAAGGAGAUAAAGCAAGACAUCAGUGAUUUUGCAGAGGUAACUUAUUUUGAUUACAAACUGUUUGCCAGGCGUAUUGAUGUAGAGAUGAAUGGUAACGAUAAGCCCUUGGGAUUUCGUUCAAAAGACUGGGGAUCAGCUCCGAGGUGGGCAGCCUUUGUUGAUUUCUUUCUGGCUUCAAGUGCCAGGUACGCAGUUGUCACUGGGGCACAUCGACGUGUGGGAACAACCUAUGUGCAGCUCGUUGCGGCAUUAGCUGCAGCUAAUAGACAUGGUCACGAGCCCUCAGGAGCAAACUUCACGUUCUUAAGCAGCAUCCACAGCAAUCUAUUGGUGGAUGGGCUGUCCACACAGGUUGGCUGGGGCCAUGUCUGGAACAGAUACGCCGGGCCCUUGAGCUGCCCACACCAGCUGCACCAAUGCGCCUUAACCCCGCUCCUCCCGCACGCUUGGUGGGACGGCCAGUGGCAAAGCCCCAUUCCAAGGGAUGUCAGGAGAUUACUGGACUAUGGCGUGCAGUUAUCGAACACGGGGGAGGUGGACGACGAGCGGCUCGUGUCACACUGUAGGUCAAGGAAAGAUCAUGUGAAAAGGUACCAUGUUCUCCCGCCCUACAAGAGUCCAACAAGACAGUAGGAUGCGCCUUAUUAGUUCGUGUUUUUUUGGACAGCUUGGUUUCAAGGAGAAGGAAAUAUAUAAACCAGAACCGCCUAUCUUUGAUUCUGAGAGAACUCAGUUUUGCGCUAGGCCCUUGCACAAAGAGCUAAUGUAGGUUAGAACGGUCAGGAUUCUUAUAUAGCCAUUGUGCUAUUGCUGUGCCCAUCUAAUGCUUUCAA